AUGAUCCAACCAAUUCAAAUAGAUGGUAAACCAAUUAUGAUUCAACUUUGGGAUACUUUUGGAGAAGAAAGGUUUCGUCAUUAUCUACCAUUUAGUUAUUAUAGAUCAGAUUAUAUAUUUUUAGUGUUUGAUAUAACAAACCGUCGGUCUUUUUUAGAUUUACCAGAAUGGUUGGAGCAUUUCAAUCGCUUUGAAUUGGACCAAAAAUCAUACACGAUUCUUAUUGGCAAUAAAUUGGAUUUGGAGAAUCAGAGAUUGGUUAGUUUUGACGAAGCUCAAACUUUUGCUCUUAAAAAUGGACUACAAUAUAUUGAAAUAAGCGCCCUACAGGAUGAAAAUUUUGAUAUCAUAAAGGAUUUGACUAUUCUUCAUAUCAAACAAAAGAUUAAAAAUGAACAAAUAGUUCAAGAAAAGAGGGAUAAAGAAAUUGUUUAUUGA